CUUUCUGUCCAGCUCGUGCUCGUCAGAGACACGUUCGCCAUGGCGUUUGUGAAGAACCUGAUCCUGGUUCUGGUCUGGCUCAUCCUCACGUACAUCAGCAGCACUUUGGUCGUCACUUUUUUCAGACACCAGAUCUUUUACGAUGAUCCUCGUUACAUCCUCUUCAUCCACAUGGUGGUAAACGACGGCGUCCAGCUGACGGUGACCAUCACUCUCUUCAUCCUCAGCUACAUUUUCUACAAGAUCAACGUCUCCUUCUGCUGCUUCUUCAUCCUGGUGGCGGUGUUCACCACCAGGAACACUCCCGUUAACUUAGCUAGCAUGGCCAUAGAGCGCUACGUUGCCAUUUGUCAUCCCUUGCGGUACUCCCAGAUCUGCACGGUGAGGAGGACCUACAUGGUGAUCGGGUUGAUUUGGUUCAUCUGCAUGGCUCCCGACAUAACAGACCUGUUCGUGACGCUGGCAACCGAGCCGCUGAGCUUCUUCCACGAGUCGGUGUUCUGCUUACGUCAGAACGUGUUCAAAGACGCGAUCCUGGCUGAGAAAAGGAAAGCCUUCGACAUCAUCUAUUUCUCCUGCGUGUUUCUGACUCUGGUCUUCACCUACCUGAGGAUCUUGUUCGCAGCCAGGGCCCUCUCCACAGAAAGAACGUCGGCCAAGAAAGCCCGAAACACCAUCCUGCUUCAUGGAGUCCAGCUGGCCAUGUGCAUGCUCUCCUACAUCUCCCCGAGCGUGGAGGUCAUUCUGCACAUCAUUUUCCCGGGUCGUACCCUUGAGAUCAGGUUUGCAAACUACCUGAUUGUCUACAUGCUGCCUCGGUUCCUGAGCCCGAUCAUUUACGGCGUCAGAGACCAGAAAUUCAGGAAGUAUUUCAGGAUGUAUCUUCUGUGCUCCAGGUGCAAGAAAACAGGCCCAGGGGUCAAAGACUGCAUGUGA